CAAAAUUUCCAGUGUGUGUAUUCAAGUUUGUGUUAGUUUACGAGUGGGGUUUCCACAGUAGGCGUAGCCUCGUUCCAGAUACGCGUGCACACAGGAAGUCCCACGCUUGUUUCUGGCAUGCUGCAGUCUCAAACAGUUCUUUCGGCUCCUCUCCAUGGCUCGGGUGGGCAACCAUAACCAAAUGGACCAGGUGGUAUUACUGGAACUAGUCCACGGUUCCUGCACGUUCUGCUCCUCUUUUCUCCUCAAACCGGAGGACUCUUUGAAGUCGCGCGUGUUCCUGUUAAGCGAGAAUACAAGUUCUGAGGUUGUUGGCGCGCACGCGCUCGAAGGAGUCAAUGUGACGGAGCGCAUGGUUGCCUUCAAGAAGCGAAUAGACGAGCUCGGUGCAACUCGCGUGACCGUACACACGAGCGUGCGGGGGCGCGCGCUGUUGACUCAGCAGCAGCGGCUCCUUUUUACGUCACUCUACUCAUUUGACUACAGGCUGUGUAACGUAACUUGUCCGUGUUGUUCCGAUGUGGCCAACACCGUCUCACCGGACGAAGUGGAGGAAGAAGUAAAGACUUACCUUCAGAGUUUACCACCGCUGAGGGGAGGAAUCAGGUUGCUGACGUCAUCGCUGAUUCCAGAUGCCUUCGGUCAUGGCUUCAGUACUCGUUGUGGCGGGAUUUCUUACAUUCCGACUCUAUCAUCCUUAAACCUGUUCUGCAGCAGCAAAAGGCGCGACCCUAUUGCCAUGGUGAUGGAGAACAGACGCCGUCUUGCGGUGGCAGGAGGGUUUCACCCUAAACUGCUUCGACUGGUCAAGGUGAACCACGCUAAUGAUGUCUGGGUCCUAAAUAAGCCCGAACCAGAAUGCUAUGAUGCUAUGGUGACCAAUCAGAGGGGCGUGGUCCUGGCUGCUCCAGGGGCGGACUGUAUGCCCAUCCUGUUUGCUGAUCUGGAGAAGAAGGUCAUUGGAGUUGCUCACGCAGGCUGGAAGGGGACCCUUAUGGGUGUGGCCAUGGCAACAGUGGACGCCAUGAUAUCGGAGUAUGGCUGUUGCGCGAGUGACAUUUUGGUAGCAGUUGGACCGUCAGUUGGGGCAUGUUGUUUCACACUGGACCAACAAGAAGCCCUGGACUUUAUCAACAUUCACCCAGACUGUGUCCCAGACCCAGGGUCUACCAGACCACAUGUAAACAUUCGACUUGCUAACAGGCUUCUCCUCCAGGAGGGUGGGAUUCUGCCGGAACACAUCCAUGACGACACGUCAACAGGUCGACCCUGUGUGACACUCUGCACUUCAUGUCACCCUCAACUUUUCUUCUCCCACGUCAGAGACGGAAUGAACUUUGGAACACAGAUUGGGUUUCUGUGGAUCAAAGAGAUGGGGGAGAUGGAGACAACGCGUCCUGCAGAAGAGAGGGAAAAGCAAAAAAGACACUAGCUAACAAAAUGAAAAUACAGAUAGAAAACUAACAAUUGUUCAAUAACAAAU